AUGUUAAACAACAGCUUCGGAAUUCAGAGUGACCAAACAACGACCGACAUCCUACAGCAUACCUCUUGGAAAAAUGGCUCUAGACUAAUCAACAACGCUGUGCUGCGCCAGCUGGCCCAGCUGCCCAAGAACGCCCAGACCGGCAGUGUGGCCGGUAUCCACACGCUGGACAAGAUCGGCAAGCGCGAGAUCGUGGGCUUCGGCUGGAACGGUACCGCCUGCUACGCCGAUCGCGUGGACUACCCCAUGCCCGCCGUGCGCUUCCGCGAGGCCAACAACGAAAUCAACGCUUUGCGCACUAAGGAGCAGGGUGACUGGAAGAAGCUCAGCCACCAGGAGAUCAAGGCCCUCUACCGCGCCAGUUUCUGCCAAACUAUCGCCGAGGUGCAGGCCGGCACUGGAGAGUGGAAGCUGCACCUUGGUGUCGGUCUCCUCUUCACCGCCGCCGCCAUCUGGGUUGCCGUGCUGAUGAACCUCUUCGUGUACGAUGAGCUGCCCGUUACCUUCGAUGAGGAGCACCAGAAGGCCCAGCUGAAGCGUAUCAUCGAUCUGGAAAUGAACCCCGUCACCGGCUUGACCUCCAAGUGGGACUACGAGAACAACAAGUGGAAGAACUAAGUCCACGAUUCCAGCAAAUGCUUUGUGUGUGAGCGUAGUUAAGCGAAAAGUUAGUCGACGACGUCUAUUGUGUAUUUAAUGGAAGCCAGAUAGUCGAAAUUAAAGUAUGGCCGCCGCUGGCUAAACUGAAAAAUGUU